AUGUUGCGGACACCGGAAUUUGCACAUUUAGUGGAGAUUUUGGAGUUACGAACGAGAGAGCUGGAGGAGGGGAUAGAGAGUCAGGCCCAUGACUCUGGCAGUAACAAUGACAGUGCUCUCCGUUCGUCAAACGUGGAUAAAGCUAGCAGUGACAGUGUGAUUCAUACAUCAACUGCCAAGAUAGCCAGUAACGGCACAAUGUCUCAUACAACGACCACGGACAAGAACGUGGCGCCCACGGAAACAGCACCUUCCUCCAAUCCCCGGAAACGGAGACGUCAACGAAAGCACGGAGAUGCUAAACGACGCGUCACGUCAGAGGUGUGUACUGGCGGUGUGUUCCCUGCACCCAACACAUAUGUACCCUCCUGUGAUGUCAUAUGUCCUACUACAACGACAAACAACACAGGUGUAGCCUUGUGUGACGUCAUGUGUCCUACCAAAAUUACAAACAACACGGGUGUAGCCUCGUGUGACGUCACGUCUCCUACUACAACGACAAACAACACGUGCGGUGACUAUGCGCGUGCGGAAACAUCCCCCACCCACUCGAAAAAAGGAAAGAGGAGACAGAGAAAGCGACACACGAAUGGCGGGAAGUUCUUUGAGCUGUACGAGGCGACUGGAGAGCCACUGGGUGACGGGUCCUUCGGUACAGUGUCCACCUACAGACACAAGGAAACAGGGCGGGAACACGCCGUGAAGGUCAUCAAGAACUGUCGGGGGGAGACACUCCAGUUAGUCAUGAGCGAGAUCGAAGUCUGUCAGAGGUACCGGAACUGCGACAACAUCCUCAACUUCCAGGACUUCUAUACGUCAGGAGAUACGUUUUUCCUCGUCUUUGACAAGAUGGCGGGCGGCGACCUGAGCCAUGUGUUUGAAUCAACGCCAUAUCUAAGCGAGUCCCAGGCUUCACGAGUGACCGGCGCCGUGGCCCGAGCGCUCCUCACACUUCACAAAGAUGGCGUGGCGCACCGAGACGUCAAGCCAGAGAACAUCUUAUGCCACGCCCCAGGGGAGAUCAACCCAGUCGUCCUCUGCGACUUUGGCCUCGCGAGUGACCCCCCUUCUCGACGUGACCCCUCAGAUUGGGACAUGACCACCAAGCCCGCCCUGCUCAAGUCCGCCGUUGGCUGUCCGGAAUACAUGGCUCCGGAGAUCGCCGGUUUGUUGUUGUUGCCCACGUCACGGAGAGCCACAGCGCCUUACUACGACACGAGCUGCGACAUGUGGAGCCUCGGGGUUCUCCUCUUUGAGAUGCUGUUUGCCCGUCUGCCAUUUCCCGGCGACUGUGGCAGGCACGGAGAGACCACGGACCCCAGCUGUGGGGACUGCCACAAGAACGUGUUCCCAAAGGUGUGCCGCGGGGACUAUGUCAUCCCCAACACCCUCAGAUCCGUGUCUGACGCCGCCCUGGAUUUGAUCCGGAACCUCCUCGUCCUUGACCCCCAGGCCCGUUAUUCUGCCGGUGACGUCUUGAGGCAUCCGUUUGUGACGUCACACAGGGACGAUGACGUCGCUGGAACCGACUGUCUAACGGCGUCCCCAUGACAACCGUUAUCUGAGUGAUGAUGACCCAGUUUUAGCAGAAGCAUCUCCAGCUGUUUUUACAGUUCUCGGACAAUAUAUUUAUUUCUCUUUGGAAAAAGACGUACGCUUCGGACUAUGUUACGACGUCAACACUGGUGUUGGUGU